AUGGGUCUUCAAAAACUGAAGCCCAAUGAAAAGGGAGAAGUUGUGAAGCAGAAGACCCGUCUAGUGGCGAAAGGCUACGUUCAGAAGCAAGGUGUGGACUUCAAAGAGGUAUUUGCGCCGGUGGCAAGGUUGAAUCAGUCCGCCUUUUUGCUGGCAAUCGUGGCACAUUUCUCUUGGGAGGUCCACCACAUGGACGUGAAGUCUGCUUUCCUUAACGGAGAGCUGAAGGAGACCGUCUACGUCCGACAACCACCUGGCUUCUUGGACAACGGCAACCCCGGUAAGGCAUUAAGUAGCACAUGGAGAGAAGCUUGUGGACAUAACGGAGGUGGUGUAGUUUUAGUACUCGAAGGGAGGUUUCUGGUUUUGCCGUUGGUGCUUGAAGGUCCAUGUAAAGGAUCCAUUGAUCUGAAUAUUAAAGGUGAACUGUUGACUCCAGUUGCCAAGAAUUUUGCCAUCGGUGAAUAUUGGCUGAGUAUUUAUCAAGUCGACAACUUUUUUGUUGAAGGUCCUGGCGGCUUGAACGGCGGUGGUUCUUCAACUUGGUCUUCCAACACUUCUAAACGUCCAAUUACCAUGAAACUUUUUAAUGUCAACACGGCCACAAUUGCAAAUAUAACAUCGUCCAAUAGCAAGUUGUUCCAUUUUGCUGUGCAUGGAUGUCGUGAUGUCACGUUUGAUCACGUUACAGUGAUAGCUCCAGCAGACAGCCCUAAUACAGAUGCAAUUCACGUUUCAAACUCAAGUGGUGUCAACAUUAUGCAUUCAGUGAUUGGCACUGGAGACGAUUGUAUCUCUCUUGGUCCUGGAAGUAAAUUCAUCAACAUGACAGAUGUCCAGUGUGGUCCAGGUCAUGGAAUUAGCAUCGGUAGCCUCGGGAAGUACCCAAAUGAAGAAGAUGUCUCUGAAGUCACAGUGAGAAACUCCACAUUUGUUGGCACGACUAAUGGUGUGAGGAUCAAAACAUGGUCAUCUUCAUUUUCUAGCGUGGUUAGCAAGAUCGCUUUUAUCAAUCUCCAAAUGAAGGACGUAAAAAAUCCUAUCAUCAUGAAUCAAAAAUAUUGCCUUGACUGCGACAACAUUUAUGUUUGCCUUGACUGCGACAAACAUAAAUGUUGUUUGUGGUCGACAGAGUACUUCAAGGUGAAAUUCGAGACGUGA